UAUUUCAAUUAAAUCCUCUAUAUAAAAUUAAAAUGGAUGACGAGAAAAAUAAUGAGAAUCUUAUUAAUGACAUAGUUGAAAAAAUAUGUGAUGAAAAAGAAUAAGUUUAACAAUAUUAAAAAUUCAAUUAUAUUUUACGAAACACUAUCAUAAUAGAGAUGAAGUCGUUAAACGAUACAGAUUGCGAUUGCAUCAAAAAAGUGGACCAUUGGUUGCGGAAAUUUGUAAAACUGAAAAAAUUACUAAUAGACAGGAAUAUGAAAAAUUGUAUCAAAAGAUAUUGACGGUUAUCACUAUUUUAAGUGGUCUUGGAAAUCCUACCGUAGUUGCAGUAAUUCAGGAAGUUUCAGUAGCAUUGAAAAGUAUUUUUCAACCUUUGGAAUUGGAAUACUAUGUAAAGAUGUCUAAACGUGAGAAGGAAGAACAGUUAAUGGAAUUAAUGUGCAUAGUCGCGGGAAUACGAUUGUUUAACAGAGAUUGCCAACGCGGAGGAGAAGGAAUUGACGAUUGUAAGUCUUUGAAAAUGAUUAAAAUUACAUACACUAUAGAAAAAAACAAAUCGUUAACGCAAGUUAUCUCUUCAGUACCUGCCAUUUUACAAAAAGCUGUAAAAAGAAGUUGCGAAAUUAUCAUGGGAUUUUUAGAAGAUUUAAUGUUGAAAAUAUACAAAUUCACUGCAAUUAUAGAAAAAAUAUGUUUUCCAAAAGAAUUACCAAUUAAUAUUUUUACAAAAUCUAAUAUAGAGUGGGCAAGUGAUAUGUUAACAGUAUGCCGGCAACAAGAGAUUUAUAUUAGAAAACUGUUAAGUGACAUAGAUCGUAGCGACAAGGAGAUUCAAAAUUAUCUAAAACGUCUUCAAGAACGCUUUUUUAAACUUCAUGACACUGUGAGAUAUAAAACUGCGAUUCCUAGUACUGAAGUAUACCCACAAUUCAUCGAUUUAGCUGAUAUAUGGAUGGGACUUCAGGAUGAAGUGAUUAUAAUAAGUAAUAUUAACAAUUUUUUUUGGGAAUUUCAAGCUUUGAUUAUAAAGAAUAACAUGAACAUAUUCAAUGAAAUACUAAUGAUGGAUAUGUUGUCCGACAGUAAAAUACUUACAGAUGCUGAAAGAUUAGAACUAUCGAUGGGUGAAUUAAUAGACGAAUGUGGCCCGUGUACUGUUUAUUAUCCUAACGAUACUGUGGAUUUCGAGAACAUAAAUUUAGAGUUUCUAGGAUUUUGCGCAUGGAUGUUCAUUAGAAAUGGUGUAUUAAUCCCGGGAAAUCCGAAUAAUGGUGUCGUUAAAUGGAAAGGAAAAUAUUAUGUAUUUUGCUCGACCAAUGCAGCGAAAGAAUUUGGAAGAGAUCCUGAUAGAUACGUUUACGAGGGUCUUGAUUUCAUACGCAAUCGUCUUGAGCACGUAUAUUUGUUUCAAGUAUAUGAUGAUGUUCGAGCUUUAGAAACUGAAGAAAUGAUAUCAGAACAAGGUCCUGAAUUAAAAAUUUGUAACCAUCAAAUGGUUCAAACAGAUUUGCAUAUACUUCCAUCCUUCAUUGAUAAGAAUUAUUCUUCGAAUAUCUGGGAAUUAAGAAAUAAAGCGUUACAUUUAGCGACAAUAAGUCGGUAUAAAACACGCAGCACUCAAACACAUAUGUCCAACUUCAGAUACGGUGUUUAUGUACAAGCAGCUCCGCCUCGAGACAAAGAAGUUCAAACAAGAAGAGAUAAUUACACGAAUACAAAGAAACUCUUAACUUAUAUCUUUGGCCUACGGGGGAGGAACGAUGAUAAUCAACAUGUAGUAUCUUUCUUGGAAAGCGAACUGAAACAUUUAUGAAUAAUAUAUCACAUAUAAAUUUUGCAUUAACAUUUGCUUAAAGGAUAUACUGGAUAGGUGUCCCAAGGUAUUCACGAUAGAAUGAAGCUACAAAGAGCACUCUUAAAAAAAAAUGAAAGCAAUAUCUUUUUAAUGAUGUUCUCAAAUACAUUCACGAAAUAUCUUGGCAUAACCUGUACUUUUUUUUCAUUUAGAAAACAAACUGGUAUUAUUAUAAUUUACUUCGUAACACGCGUAAUAUUUUCAUUAUCGUCAAAUGUUUGCAAUGAUUUCUUCGUGGCUUCCAUUAAUUUAGGCCAGCAUUCAUUAAUUUAUAUUCAAAAUACACAAAUUUUUCCAUACAACGAGAUGUGUAUAUCCACACUAGGAUUCCGCAUCUCGCAUCAUCAAUCUAUCUUACUUUCUACAAUUCAACAUUGCGCAAUGCUGCGCAUACUGUGAUCUUUAAUAUGCAUGCAUCAUACUUUUACUGAAUACAUCACUUUACCAUUAAAUCUUAAGAGUUAGGUCAAUUUUUUACACCAAGAAACCUAUAUUACGACAAUAAUUAGUAAUUACACGAUAAUACAAUUAAAUUUCGCUUAAUAAUAAUUUCAGUGUAUAAUGUAACAAUUAUACAGAAGAGGUACAGGAUGUUGAUUUUUCGCAUCGUCGUUCUCUUAAUUCUUAUCAUACUUUUUUUUUAACUUACCACAUAUCUUUUCCCAUUCUCUCUUUCUCUCCUUUGUUUGAAAAAUUGUCCCUUUGUUACAUCCAUUUUCAGAAAGUAACCAAUAUUAAAAUAAAAAGAUGAAAAUAUCGUGUGAUUUUUGGGCGGCAAUUAGUGAUUUAGAAAAAAAA